UACUAUCUUUUGUGUCCCACAGGUUUUAUUGAUUUACAAAUGAAUAAUUCCAAAAUUUAACAAAUCAUCAUGCUGUAUCUAUUUCAAGGUGCCCGUAUUACAGGUGGUAGCUUGAACAUCUCCAGACUAAUAUGUUCAAGUGCCAUGCUGAAUGCUCCCACUGUUGCUGUGGUGCUUUCUGGCAGUGGGGUUUACGAUGGCUCGGAAGUACACGAGGCUGCGGCCACACUGGCUGGUAUCACCAGAGGUGGUGCUGAGGUGCAGUGCUACGCUCCUGACAUCGCACAACUGCACGUCGUCGACCACACCAAGGGCGCGCCUGCCAAUGGCGAAACUCGCAAUGCCAUGGUGGAGGCAGCACGUAUUGCUCGCGGCAAUAUAAAACCUUUAUCUGAACUAAACAGUUCGUCUGCUGAUGCCGUCAUCUUUCCUGGAGGUUUCGGAGCUGCUAAAAAUUUAUCCGAUUUUGCCGUGAAGGGAGCAGACAUGGCAGUUUCAGAAGAUGCCGUGCGGGUGCUCACUGAUUUCCACUCGGCCAAGAAGCCUAUUGGCUUGUGCUGCAUUGCUCCAAUUCUUGCUGCUAAAGUGCUUGGGAGUCACAACAUCAGCAUAACUCUUGGCAAAACAGACGAUGGGUCUGGCAAGUGGCCGUACGCUGCCUCCAUAACCGCUGCCAAAGCCAUGGGCGCAGACGUUGUUGAAAAAGCUGUUGAUGAGGUGCUGGUGGACGAGAAGAAUAAAGUUGUCACGACACCCGCCUUCAUGUACGAAGGAAAGUUCCAUGAAAUACACGACGGAGUGGGCAAAAUGGUCGCUGCAGUGCUUGCACUGCUGAAAUGAAAAUGUAAAAAUUUCCUUAAGCUUACGAGUAUCUGUUCAUCAUUAUCAUAUGCUAAUUGUUAUUAUUUUGAAUCCCGAAAAUAAAAUCGUCUAUCAAA